UGUGGUUUGGGUGUGAAACACAGGAAUGGGUGUAAUUUCUGUUUGUUGAUGAUUGCUGAGAUUGCAAGGCGGGGAGUCUUGCCCAGGAAACAAGAGAUUCACCAUAAUCACUUCCAGUCUGUAGAGACAGUGGUGCAAUGGAGACUUUUAGCAUGUGUGUGUUUGUGUGUGUAUAAAUGUGUGGGUUUUUUUCUGUCUUGUCCUGGAAUAAAUCCUUCAGUCUGUUUCGGUUCAGACUUGCAUUGUGAAUUUAACUUAAUUAGUAAUGCCUUGUGACAACGAGGGGAAACCCGGCGUGGUCAAAGCGAGAGUGUAAAACUAUGCAAGCAUGAAACCAUAAACUCUGUUUUUACAGCUGUAAGAAAGUGUUGCGUGUUUAAAACCAGGGAUAGUGAGAGACUCUGAUAGUGAGCAUGUUAGUGUUGUAGCUAACACACACACAGCAGUAUUGCGUGACUGGAUUAACAGCAGACAUGGGGUUCGGGGUAGACAGCAGUCGCUGUAGCAUAUCGGGAGCUCGAGGCUCCAGUGGCUGGAAUGAAGAGGAGGAGGAGGAAGAAGGGAGGAGGAUAGGGGGAGGAGGAGGAGGAGGAGGAGGAGGAGGGAGCUCCAUAAAGCAGGCAACCAUCAGCACUGUAAAGCCCCGUAGUGAGCCCUCCGACCCCAGCCUGCCGCUUCUCCUCUCUCCCACACACAGACACACACACACACACACACACAUGCACAUACACACAGAUGAGCAGACAUGGGCCUUCAGCAUGGAGCAGGAUAUUGACUUCUACAAACAUUUCUCAUGGCUUAAAAAGGUUAACCGCCAGCCCUGUUCAAACAAUGAGACGUAUCAAGAGCGAUUGGAAAGAUUAGAGGGAGACAAAGAAUCUCUGGUUCUGCAGGUGAGUGUUCUGACGGAGCAGGUGGAGGCUCAGGGUGAGAAGAUCAGAGAUCUGGAGGCCUCUCUGGAGGAACAUCACCACAAACUUAUCUCCACAGAGGAAAUGCUCCAGCAGGAGCUACUGAACCGCACCUCAUUGGAGACUCAGAAGCUGGAUUUGAUGGAUGAGGUUUCGUAUCUGAAGCUGAAGCUGGUCAGUAUGGAGGAGGAUCACAACCACACGGAUAGAGACGACAAGCAGCACAAAGCCGAGUGUGUGGUUAAUGUGAUCAGCGAGCUCCAGGCACAGAUGCGCAAAUUCCAGCAGGAGAUCACCACACGCAUCCAGGAGCAACGGGCUCUCGAGGGCCACCCGGAGAGCACGGCUCAUGAUGUCCACGAUGCGUGUUAUGUUCUCGAUCACAGCCCAGAUGCAGACCUGUGCUCGUCAGAUGCCGAGGACCACGGACACCACUGUAGUUCUGGAGGAGAUAACGCUUUGGUGAACGAGCUGCACGCGUUGAAGGCCAAAGUGGAUGAUUUGGAGAACGAGAAAUCGCAGUAUGAGAGAAAGCUGAAAGCCACAAAGCUCUCUAUCUCUUAUUCUCUUCAUGUGUGUUACCAGUCGCUCAUGACCAAGCUCUCGAGCCUGAAGCUCACAGUCGAGCACACUCAGGUUGAGAAGCAGCGCUGGGAGGAGCGUUGCCGGGCCGCUCAGACAGAGAUCACCGAGCUUCAGCAGCUUUUGGCCUCCAAAGAUACAGAGAUUGAGAGUCUACAGAAUCAACUCCUGUCCAGAGGAAAUACGAGCAGUGACAGCAUGGAAAGAGAGGAGGUGUACAGGAGGAAAUUAAAAGACAAACAUCUGGAGAUGCAGAGGCUGAAAAUUGGGAUGGAGUCACUUUUAGCUGCAAAUGAUGAAAAGGAUCGUCACAUAGACGAGCUCACAGCGCUGCUCGGCCAAUACAGGAAAUGCAAGGACAUGAUGGUGCUUUCUCAAGUGUGUGGUGAUCACUUGCUCUGUGGCAGCAGUGAUGAGGAUCUGAGUGGGUCUCUGAGGAUGCGAGCUCUGCCCCAUAAGGCUCACUCAGACAUCGUCAGGUCCGACCUGCAGAUGUCAUCAUCUCGAGGGACACCUCAACUCUUACUGCCGUCAAUGUGUCUACAGAAUGAGCUUGAUUCCAGCUGUCGCAGUCUGCAGUCCCCCAUGGACUGCCACAGCUUGCACAGCGGACAAUGGUCGACGCUGAGGAUGCUGUCUUCCAGUCUAGAGGAGUUACAGAGUGGAUCCAAACACAGGCAUGUAAUGGGGCAACCUGUAGAGCCUAUUCUAGAGAACCGGCUCAUAUCAGACAGCAGUAAGUACCAGACUCUUCCAGGGAAGUUGUCCAGACUGGAGCAGAACGGAGAGAGGGAGCGGCGCUCAUCUCCACUCCAGCUGUCACCUGAUGAGAGUGAAGAGAGCGAGAUCAACCUGACACCACGCUGGAAGCUCGAGCUUUUCACAGCCGCAAAGUCGGAGAAGACGGAUGAGUCCACGCUGUCGGAUGUGUCGCCUAUGUCAUCAGGCAUGGACUCGGGCCAGCAGUCGCCUGUUUCUCCUGAGAAUAGGAAGAAUCAGAAAGGCAUCAGGAAGCUGUGGGGAAAGAUCAGAAGGACGCACUCGGGCGGUCUGCCUGCAGACGGUGUGGACAGCAAUGAUUUCAAGAGGGGAGGAGUCCGUGCCACAGCGGGCCCUCGGCUGGCAGGGAUGGGCAACAGAGAUUCAGGACGAGACAUGAACAACACUCCCUUCUCAAAGUGGUCAUGUGAUCAGGUGUGUGUGUGGCUGGAGGAUUAUGGGCUGGGACAGUACGUCCCCAUGGCCAGUCAGUGGGUGAGCAGUGGACAGAGUCUCCUCUUGGCCUCCCCACAUGACUUCGAAAAGGAGCUGGGGAUGAAACACCCACUGCACAGAAAGAAGCUGCAGCUCGCCCUGCACUCGUUCACCACGCGGCAGAUUGAGAAAUCCGCAGAGCUCGACCACAUCUGGGUCACACGAUGGCUGGACGAUAUUGGUUUACCGCAGUAUAAAGGCCAGUUCCAUGAAGGCCGUGUGGAUGGGAGGAUGCUGCAGUACCUCACUGUGAACGACCUGCUGAUUCUUAAAGUGAGCAGCCAGCUGCAUCACCUCAGCAUUAAAUGUGCCAUCCAUGUGCUGUAUGUGAACAAGUUCAACCCUAACUGCUUGAAGAGGAGACCGGGGGAUGAGUCACAGAUGUUGACAUCGCCCUCCGAGGUGAUGCAGUGGUCCAACCACCGUGUGAUGGAGUGGCUUCGAUCGGUGGAUCUAGCUGAAUACGCUCCCAACCUGAGGGGCAGCGGUGUGCACGGGGGUCUCAUUAUCCUGGAACCGCGCUUUAACUCGGACACGUUGGCGAUGCUUCUGAAUAUCCCACCCCAGAAGACCCUGCUGAGGAGACACCUCAACACCAACUUCAACUCUCUAGUGGGAGGUCAGGCUCAGCAGGAGAAACAGGAAUACAUGGAGUCUCAAAGCUACACACCGCUCUCCACUACAGCUAAAGUCCGGCCAAAGAAAAUCGGUUUCUCCAAUUUCGGCCAGCUCCGAAAGAAGCGCCCUGAUAACCCUAGUGACUACAUCUGCCCUCUGGAGUCUCCGAAGGUUCUGGCUCUGCUCGGCGAUUCCCAGCGGCCCAACUCCGGCGUACAGGAGCGGGACACUGAGAGGAGGGAACAGGUGGGGCCUCUGCUGGGCUCGAGUUAAACUAACCACCCAUCUCCCCCUGAGCUCACCAUCAACUACCCCUCUACCCCUCAUCCCCCGAUCACCUGGGCCAAACCCUACCCCCUCUCUCUCAGUGCCAUCAUCUAAUCCCCAUCAUCCCUCACUCACCGUCAUGACAUGUUACCGAGUGAUGACUACAGACUGACUGGGAACUGUGAGCUUUGAUAAUUGUAUGAUUUUCUGUGAUGCAUAUCAUCACCUUCCAUUUUAUAACUCAUUUUAUAAUUUUGUGCUGUUUGGGGAAAACAGGAUUAAAUGACCUUGUGCAAUAUUUGUACAUGUAUUUAAUAUUUAUAGUGAGGAAUUUUAACAGGAAUCAAUUUUACGGAUGAAUUUUUAUACCAUCUACCAGCAGUGUAUAUUUGGAAUAUGUUUCAUAUGUUAUAAUAUUCAAGGUGAUAUUUUUAUAAACAAUGGAUAUGGUGCUUCAUAUUACGAAGCACUUUGUAUAUAUUUAUAAAUACAUAAAAGAGAUGAAAUCUAUGAAAUACAAUGAUCAAUAAAACUCAUCCAUCACUGUAA